UGGAUUUUAAUAGCCAUGUUUCGACUUGCCAUGGAUUUCACCUCCUGCGAAUCUUUGAGCCAAGGCCAUCGGCUCCGGCUCUUCCAAAGACCUGCUAACUGGUAUGGAUUUGCCCAUAGUUCUUUGUGGCCCCUUAAAGCCGGGCAACAAGCGAGGAGUCGUGGGCUAUUGGGGAACCGUGUGUUUCCCUAUUUGGAACAGUCUAACGGACAAAUGCCAAUGUAUCAUUCCAAACGGCUGCACAAAGCAGCGGACCUCCUCUGGAAAAGCAGGCGGCCCAAGCGCUUUGUGGAAUCCCACCCUUCCUUGGCCGAAUUUCAGACUUAUUUGAAACGGAGGAAAAGGAACGUCCAGGGAAUCAUCAAUCCCACGGCGGAGAACGGGGUGAUUGUGUGGGGAUCGACGAGUCCUUUGGAUUCUAUAGACGCGGAUACGCUCCCGAGCACCAGCGCCAAAAGGAGUACGCCGACCAUCUCCACCACCACCAUGACCACCACCACCACUGCUGCUUCCACCACGGUACCACCCAAAGGGCCUGGACCUGGGACUGGCACGCACAAGAGCAACCCGGAUAUUAGGGUUAGCACAAUGGAACCACCCGCCACUCCCGAUGGCAAUAGAAAAGAUGUCGAUGUCCCUCCACCUAAGCUACCGGGGGAGACUUCAGGUCUGGCUGUCCAUCAGAUUAUCACCAUCACAGUCUCUCUCAUCAUGGUCAUAGCUGCUCUGAUCACGACGCUCGUCUUAAAAAAUUGUUGCGCACAAAGUGGAAACACCAGGAGAAACAGCCACCAGCGCAAAAUAAACCAACAGGAAGAGAGUUGUCAGAAUCUGACGGACUUCACUCCGGCCAGAGUGCCAAGUAACUUGGACAUAUUCACGGCCUACAAUGAAACACUGCAGUGCUCCCAUGAAUGUGUGAGGACAUCAGUGCCGGUGUAUACCGAGGAGACGAUACUUCCUCCAGGGGAUUAUAAGACGUCCUUCAAUGGAAAUAGACCCUCCUCUUCUGAUCGGCAUCUAAUUCCUGUGGCCUUUGUGUCUGAGAAAUGGUUUGAAAUCUCCUGCUGA